GUCGCUGCGUUUCCAUUGACGACCAACUUUCUCUCCUCUUUUCAACCUUUAUCAAACAUCACAGACUCUCUCACCAGGAUGACGGUGACUCCACAGAGGACGAUGACUUACGCCAAGAUGACGCAGCUUGUGUCCUCUUUGUCAGCUGUGCUCAAAGGGAAGAAAGUAGCCUUCAGUGAUUUCCUACACAAACUUGUCUCCAGUCAACAACUCCGCCAACAUUUGGACACCCAGAAGAUCCUGCGGCCACCGAGAAGGCCGAGAAAGGAGAAGGUCAAGAAAAGCCCAGCGAGCUCAGUGGACACAGAAACCUCUCAGACGAAUCCGUCAGACUUUGACUACCUCAAAGUCAUCGGCGUGGGAAGCUUUGGAAAGGUGCUGCUUGCAAGACACAGGGAACAAGGAGGCUACUAUGCUGUGAAAGUGCUGCAGAAAAAGAUUAUUGUCAAGAGGAGAGAGCAGAGGCAUGUGAUGGUUGAGAGGAGCGUCCUGCUGAAGGGACUGCAACAUCCGUUCCUAGUGGGACUCCACUUCUCUUUCCAGACGCCGAAGAUGCUCUACUUCGUCCUGGACUAUGUCAACGGGGGGGAGCUUUUUUACCACCUCCAGAGAGAGAUCUACUUUUCCGAAGCCAGAUCUGCUUUCUACGCGGCAGAGAUGGCCACGGCGCUCGGCUACCUCCACUCCCUCGACAUCGUUUACAGAGACCUUAAACCAGAGAACAUCCUGCUGGACAGCGGGGGUCAUGUGAUGCUGACUGACUUUGGGCUGUGUAAAGAAGGCGUGGCCGCAGGGGGGGUUAUGCACACGUUCUGUGGGACUCCAGAGUACCUGGCUCCGGAGGUGCUGCAGGGCGGCCCCUACAGUCCAGCAGUUGACUGGUGGGGACUCGGCACUGUGCUUUUUGAGAUGCUCUAUGGACUGCCUCCAUUCUACAGCCGCAGCAGAACAAAGAUGUUCGAGAACAAACUCUACGCUCCUCUGCAGCUGGGGAGGGGGGUGUCUCAGGCCGCCCGCUCCCUGUUACAGGGCUUGCUGGAAAGGGACGUCACCAAACGCACAGGGACGAGCUGUGACCUGGAGGAGUUGCAGGAACAUCCUUUCUUUGCCUCCAUCGACUGGGACGACCUCCUGGCCAGGAAAGUGGAACCUCCCUUCAUCCCUAACGUGUGUGGACCCUGUGAUAUCAGCCACAUCGACCCCGAGUUCACGCUGCAACCCGUCCCGGCCUCCGUGAAUGAGCGCUGCCAGGCGAGCGGUGCCAGUGAGGCCUUCUCAGGGUUCUCCUUCAUGAACCCAGUGGAGUACAUGACACCACAGCCUGUGUCAUAACCACAACCAAUCCUCAGGGAGCACUUUUUUUUUACAUCAUAAAUUAUGAAAUCAAGGCUAUUUUUGAAUAGAUUCUUACACUAUUACAGCAACAGAAUGUUUCACUGCUUCCACUUAACAAAAUGAUAUGUUUGCAUAUUUUAUUACAGUCAUUUUAACUGCAUUGUCAUCAUCAUAAGAAAUAGGCUGGUCACUAUUUCACAAGUCCUCAGUACUUCAUUGUUUAAGGGGCAUGAAACAAUAAACACAAAGCAGUUUCAUUGUUCAA